AUGGCCUCGCCAGGGGAUCCCAGCGGCUUGCGGCCACCAGGGCUUCCACACUCUGUCCCUACACCCCGUUUCCGUCUUCCACUUGAGACACCAAUUGGCAAGAUCCAGCCCGUGUUCGACGGCUUCGGGCUGGCGGACACAUCGUGGACAUCCGACUCGAGCUGUGUGACCUCGGCUCCUCGUCCCAGGCUCCCGCACAAGACGCCCGAGGCCAAGCGCCGCCGUCGAGAAGAGCUCUACACACCUGCCCCCGCCUCCGCCGACUCGUCCUUUGCGGGGCCCUCCACCCAAUUCGCCCCGGCGCCUUCCGCACCCACUCUGCCUCCAGUGUCCCUCGCGCUCUCUGCGCCCCUCGGACUCCACCACGAUGACCUCUUUGCGAGGCGGCUCGCCGAGUCGGGAAGGCGGGUGGUACUGCCGCCGCUCCCGAGCGAGCAGUAUGAGGACUUGGACCCAGCAUUGCCACAGAUGCACUCCGUGGCCCGCGCCGUGUCGGUCGUCAAGAAGACCGGCCCCUCCCGUGCCGAGCGUGCGCGCGCCGCUGGUAUCCCUAUACUCUCAGCGCGUUCGAGCGCCCGCCCUCCUCCUCGCGCGCCACCACCUCUGCAGCGAGCGGAGCCUCAGCCUCUCAAAUCGCGCCGCAACCAUCUCACCAUGAAUGAAACCUCCAGCCUGACUGCGACUUCUUCGAAGUCUUCGUCAAAGUUCUCAGUGGCCAUCCCCGAGGAGCCCGCGGCAAUCAUCACUCGCGCAAGUGUGCACUACACUCCAUCAUCAUCACGUGGGCCAUCCCCAGGUAUCUCCUCGGCUCAACAUCCCAGCUCGCUCCGCCAUCAAGCCCUUCGCCGGUCGGGGACCGAUGCACUGCCGCACCAGGCGACGCCACUCGGUCCUAUCCGCACUGCGACACCCGACUCCACUCUAUCCUUCGCUUCGUCUGCCACGACGGUGGACGGGCGUCCUGAACACUGGGACCUCUCCAUGGCGACACCUACGGCUUCCUCCAGCUCCCGCCGUCGCCGUUCCACCCUGGAUCAGGUGGACUCUAUGCCAUCCUCGGCGAAGCGUGAGCGCCAUGAAAGUGCAAAUGAACGUCACGAGAACACAGAUGAGCGUCGCAGGAGCACGGCGGAACGUAUCAAUGGCACGCUCGUCCCUGCUGAGGCAGCCGCACGCCUCAACGACCCCACGACAUCAGGGGUAAACGUGUCGUCUGAAGAGCUCCAACUGCCUCGCGAGACAUCGCUCAUUCGAAACAAGCCCCCUCUUGAGGGCCUGCCUGGCCGCCGAACCUCUCAGCCCAAACCCGAACUCUCCGAGGACGAUGACAGCAAGGAGCCCGGAGGCCUAUUAGGCUUCCUCACGGGUCUGUUUCUCAACCCACCUGCUCCACCUAUUACGGUCAAGACUGUUCCACCUACAGUCCGUUCUGCUACGAACAGGUCCCAGCCUAUCACCAGACGUAGUAAGACCUCAAAGCAACCAAGCGGCGACGAGAACCGUCCUGUUCGAGCUGCUCCCGUCAGGAGAACGGCCAACCGGGAUGCUGGCUCUAAACCGCUGCCACCUUCCAACGAGGGGGAGCAUCAGCCCGCGCUGCACCUCAUGUCACAACGUGAGCCCCUCGGUGAGGCUCUUGGCGCCAACGCCAACGCCGACACUGCGCCGACAAUCCGCCGGAAACGCAAAGAUCCGCCGUCUACAAACAAGCCCUGCCCGCCUGUCGUAACUGGGUCUUGCACCUGGUCUGCCUCGCAUCCCAUCCCGAAAUCCGACCGCCGCGCGGUCUCCAAACCGCAAGCGAAACUGGGCGGCAACUCGACCAAGCCUGGGUUGCAGUUGACGGCCUCCCGUGCUCGUCCUAUAUCGCGCGUCACGCCGUUCGUCGCACAAGCGCUGGCGCGCAUGCCCAAGCCGGGCGAGGGUGCAACGUCUGCGGCUAAGCCGGUCUCUGUCAGGGACCAUGAGCGCGCGCGCGAGCUCGCGAUCCGCAGGGCUGUGUUUGAGCGAGCGGGUAAAAGGGAGGAGGGAGCUGAGCAGACCGGUGCCUCUAUCCAUCCCUCUGUUCCGACGACAACCUCCUCUGUGCGUACAGCCUCUUCCGUGCGUACAACCUCCUCGGUGCGUGUUCCCGGCGAGGCGACACGCCGCCGCGCCGAGGCGCAAGCGCUGAAUAAGGAGCGGCGGGACCGCAAGGCGGCAGAAGAGGCCCGGCUUGCGGCCGAGGAAGCGCGCAUCCGCGCCGAGAUCGAGGCCGAGCUCGAUCGCGAGGCGCGCCGGGCGACUGUAUUCCGGCCCAACCCUCUUCCCGACAUGUACCUCCGCCGCUAA